CAUUACUGCUCUCUCUCAAAGCACAAUAGGCUCCAAGCGCUACCAUGACUUGCAGACUCUGCUAAGUGGCGCAAUGACCAACUUGUACACGUGUCUGGAUGGUUUUGCUUACAGUAAAGGAAAUGUGAGAAGCAGAAUCGAAAACAAGUUAUUUGAGAUCUCCCAUCACGUUAGUAACUCACUCGCCAUGCUGAAGAAAGUCCCUGGAGUGAAGAAACCAUCAAAGUCUGAGGCAUUCCCCGAAUAUGGAAAGAUGAAAGACCGUUUCCCAUUGUGGGUUACCUCCAAAGAGAGAAAGCUACUACAAGCUUCUGUUAAUGAGACCAAGUUUGAUCUUGUUGUAGCCAAAGAUGGCUCUGGCAACUUCACCACUAUAGGGGAAGCACUGUCUUCAGCUCCAAACUCUAGCACAACUAGGCACCAUGCAUUAAUUAAUAGUUACUUGUUAAUUUUGUGUGAUUGUAGGUUUGUGAUACACAUAAAAGCAGGAGCAUACUUUGAGAAUGUGGAGGUGAUAAAGAAGAAGACCAAUUUGAUGUUAGUUGGAGAUGGAAUUGGAAAGACUGUUGUGAAGGCUAAUAGAAAUGUUGUGGAUGGAUGGACAACUUUCCAAUCAGCUACUUUUGCUGUGGUAGGAGACAGGUUCAUAGCGAAGGGUAUAACCUUUGAGAACUCAGCAGGGCCAAGCAAACACCAAGCUGUGGCGGUGAGGAGUGGUGCUGAUUUCUCAGCCUUCUACCAAUGCAGCUUUGUUGCAUACCAAGACACUCUCUAUGUCCACUCUCUCCGUCAAUUCUACCGUGAAUGUGACAUUUAUGGAACCAUAGACUUCAUCUUUGGCAAUGCUGCAGUGGUCUUUCAAAACUGCAACUUAUACGCACGCAAGCCUAAUGAAAACCAAAAGAACUUGUUCACUGCACAAGGCAGAGAAGACCCUAACCAAAACACUGGAAUUUCUAUCUUGAAUUGCAAGGUUGCUGCUGCAGCUGAUUUAAUCCCAGUCAAAUCUACGUUCAAGACUUACCUUGGUCGACCUUGGAAAAAGUAUUCAAGAACUGUUUAUCUCAAAUCUUACAUGGAAGAUCUGAUAGACCCUGCAGGGUGGUUGGAAUGGAAUGGAACGUUUGCAUUGGAUACACUUUAUUAUGGAGAGUACAUGAAUACGGGUCCUGGUUCGAAUACAAGUGCCAGAGUAACGUGGCCAGGUUAUAGGGUCAUCAAAAAUUCCACUGAGGCUAGCCAAUUCACUGUUGGACAGUUCAUACAAGGUAAUGACUGGUUGAACUCCACCAACAUUCCAUUUUUCUCUGAUCUUAGUUGA